UGGCCCGCGCGGCAGCGCCCCCCCCCCGGCAGGGCCGCGGUCGGUCGGGCAGGCAGAGGGGUCGGCGCCGCCAUCGCCAUGGGCACCCGCGACGACGAGUACGACUACCUGUUCAAAGUUGUGUUGAUUGGAGACUCUGGAGUUGGGAAGAGCAAUCUUCUGUCACGCUUCACACGCAAUGAGUUCAAUCUGGAGAGUAAGAGCACCAUUGGGGUGGAAUUUGCCACCAGGAGCAUCCAGGUGGACGGGAAGACGAUAAAAGCCCAGAUCUGGGAUACUGCAGGACAGGAGCGAUACCGCGCCAUUACCUCAGCAUAUUACCGGGGUGCUGUCGGGGCCCUGCUGGUCUAUGACAUUGCCAAACACCUCACCUACGAGAACGUGGAGCGCUGGCUGAAGGAGCUGCGGGACCACGCCGACAACAACAUCGUCAUCAUGCUGGUGGGCAACAAGAGCGACCUGCGCCACCUGCGCGCCGUGCCCACCGACGAGGCCCGCGCCUUCGCAGAAAAAAAUAACUUAUCUUUUAUUGAAACAUCUGCUCUGGAUUCAACAAAUGUAGAAGAAGCCUUCAAGAACAUCCUUACAGAAAUCUACCGCAUCGUGUCGCAGAAGCAAAUCGCCGACCGGUCCGCGCAUGACGAGUCCCCCGGCAACAACGUUGUCGACAUCAGUGUCCCACCCACCACCGACGGACAGAAAUCCAACAAACUCCAGUGCUGUCAGAACCUGUGACCCUCUGUAGAUGACUCUCGUGCCCUUCACUUCGUCUGUGCUUCAUUUAGAAACUUGUGUGCACUUCUUAUCUCCUGUGAUUCAGUGACUCCCUCCUCCCUCCUUUACUCCAUUCCCGAAUCUCCCCUCUCAUAUUAGAGCUUUAAUUGUAGGGCUAACAUCCCCCUGCCUCUGAAACCCCUUCCAUGUGGUGACUUUUGGGCUUGAAAUGUAGUCACUGAUCUGAUAGACAUGUUUGUGUUGGAACAUCUGCUGCUGGAUAUUAUCCCAUGGAACGCUCUUCUCAAAUGGGUUUGUUUUGUUUUUGUUGGGGAAUUUUUUUUUUUUUUUUGAGUUUGGUGGUUUGGGGUUUGUUUUUGUUUUUUUCUUUUGGUGGUUGUUUAUUUUUGGGAAAGGAACCAUGGGGACUUGACUCUAACAGUUGAAGAAAUAACUACAUUUAGGUGACAAGGUUUUUUCCUCCCAUAGUCAGAUAUUUUUUUUCUUGUGUUUCUGUAAACAUGGGGGAGAAAUUAAACUAGCUAUCCUACCAAAUGCUCUGUUUUCUGUCCUGAUAAAGUCUCACAGUGAGGAUUUUAGUGGCUGCACACACAUAAGAAAGCUGUUGAAAAUAACAUUACUUAUUCUGUAAUUACCCCUAAUACAGUUAGUCUGGCUGUGUAGUUUACUGUUUCCUGCUUGGGAAAUCUUUCUCUAUUCUUGUUUUAUUUGGGAACAAUGAAGUAUGUCUGCAUUGCUUUCUCUGCCACCAUGAAUGCCUGUGCAGGCUUUAUGAAGUGGUUUAAUAUUUAUUCAUAGCUUAUGUUAAUCAGUUAACAUUAUUGUACAGUAAGUGCCAGCGUAUUGAUUUCAGAAACCUUUUGCAACCUGUAUAAGUAGGCUUCUUUUGUACUGUAGGUCAGUGUCUGAAAGCAGGAUCUGCUCUAGUUCCAGGGUUUUUUGCAUGCUGCUUUUUCUCUAGAUCUCUCCCGCCCCUGUUUGAGUGAGUGAAGCAAUAUUUCCAUGUCACGUAUAUACCUGCACUUGUAAGGGUUUUGGUUGUUGUAGAGAAACACAAUACUUUAUACAUUUUGUAAAACUUCUGCAGAUCCAUAGCAUCUGGAAUUUUCUCUUCAUGAUCUUUCACUAUUGACCUCUAGGAAAAUGCAUAUUAGGGUUUCACAUAAUAACUACUAACCUGUUGUUUUCCUCUUAACUGUUUUACUGAACUGCAGACUGUAAUUCUUAAAUGAUUGUACUCCACUGAUGUAACAGAUUUGUCAUCAGCAGGGCUAACUACUCUAAUUCUUUGUUGUGCUGAAUGGGAAGAAUGUUACCACAACUUUGUGUAGCCAGUCUCUUGCUUGCUUGUGCAAAUCUCCUCUGAUGGCUUUUCAUCACUCACUAGCUCUGGCACACUUGCAUCCCCUCUGGUAUCUGCUGAAUGUUAUGGUGGCACAUACUGGGUAAAAUGAUCUCAAGGAAGAGCUGGAGACCAUCUGCUGCUCCCUGAAGGCUCGUGGGGCCUUUUGCAGUGAGUUUUUGCUCUGUAUUCUGAGCCUGUACCUCACUGGAUGAAUCCCAGCUGCAUAUUAGUGAGUUGAUAUUUCCUUUCUGAUACCAAGCAAAUAUGAAACUGUGAAUUGUGCUUGAAGGGGAAAUCUGACAUUCCAGUCUCAACUGUUCUGUCUGGUUACGUAAUAAAAUUAAGGGCGGUUAACUCUGAUGGCUUUUCUUUUAUAAGAUUUCCAGACCAAUGCCUUUAAUUUUGUACUGUGUACACUGAGAGGGCUCCAGCUCACAGCACAGGAUGCACAUGGUGCCUGGCACUUCCACUCUUCACCUUUGUUUGGAGGGUACAUUCAGGGGGAAGGGGUGCAUGCUUGCAGCCUGAUGCCCUUGUAUGAGGGUAUGAAUUCCUCUUUGGGCAUCACAGUGCUCCUCCUUAAGGGUGUCCCAGUUUGAGAAGCACUUUCAACACUUGAUAUUUACUUCAGUAGCAUUCUGUUGAGAGAAGGUGGGAACUGGGGUGUCUCCUUUCUGGUGGUCCUAGAGCAGAAUAUAACAUGCAGUCAGUGUUUAGACAGCUGGCAGUGAGAGAAUGGAAAACUCGGAAAUAGUGAAAAUACUUCAUUCAAGAACAAGUGGGCACUAGUGGAGCUGGGCUCCUUAAUUUUUGAACACACUUUUUAUAAAGAAAUUACUUGGAUAGCAUGAGGAGGAAUUGUGCUGGUAAGAAGACUCCUUAGUUCAGGGUGAUGUAUUAACACGCUUACUCUGCAAGUCCUGUUCUUAACAUGAAGUUUCUAGAAUCAGACUGGUCUGGUGUAAGAAGCUGAGAAGCAGUUUAGUCACUUCCUUGUUUCUUAAGACAUUUUCUUUAGCCUUCGACGUUGUGGAAGGCUCUAAACUUUGCCUCAGAGUCCCAGUGAAAGGUCCAUGUCUAGGGCUUAAGUUAAACUUAUGGGUAUUGAGGAGCUCUCGCACUGUGCAUUGACCAAAGGCUCAGUGCUGGUGGCUCUCAGCCCUGUUCUGUUGUGUUUGAGAUCUCUGGUGUGACAGGGAGAGGCCUCCUGCCCUGUGCUGGGGCACCUGGGCUGUGGGCAGUGUGUGUGUGCACGUGUGCCCACCUGUAGCUCAUGUAAGGGGCGGGAGCUGAGCGGGAUUUUAUCUGCUGUGGUCCCUCUGUUUCUGAAGUGAGGUGUUGGCUCUUCCCCAGGCUCUGUGCUCCUGUCCAGGCAGAGCCACAGCCCUGCCCAGACUGAGCACAGGGCUGUUAGUGCCCAUAGGACGAGGAUAGUGGGCCAGUUGUGCCUGGUUAAACCAUCUUCCUGUGCACGGACCAGGGAAAAUGCUUUUUAUCUGGAGCUCCUGAAGUCCUGCUGAAGCACUGUGCAUCCUCAGAAACUCACCCACAACCCAGCCCACUUGUGGAAUUGCUGGAGUUACCAAGGGGAAGACUUGGAGGAAUCCUCAGAAAGCUGGAACUGCUGCAGAGCUGUCUGACAUUCAGAGAAACUCUCCAGUAGCCCAGACUCCUUAACUGUGUUUUCCUGUUGUAAAAAUGACUGGUUAGAUGUAACCUCACCUGGACUGCUUCAUCCUGCAGCUUUGCUGGCUCUGUGUCUCUCAGUAUUACUGUCAGGAAAAGAGAAAAGGUUCCAUCCCUCUUCCAUCUUUCAUAAGGGAUUUGAAGGUAAAAUUUGGCUUAUGUAAAACUCCUGAUGACAGGAAGCUGCCUGUGAAAGAAGGAAUGUGUGCUCUGCUUGCUUUACUUGGUUGCUGAGAAUGGCUUUCCUUUAACUAUUGGAAGAUAACACUACAGAGCCCCGGGUGCUCCCCACCUGUGCCAGUAACACAAACAUCAGCCCAAGGCUCCUGGUAUCCAGAACAGCUCCUUUAACACAGAACUAGGCAGGAGUGUCCUGCUGUCUCUCCUGUUAGUGAUGGGGAGGACAAAGACCAAAAUUCACACAUCAAAGUGAUUUGGUCCUCAGCACACAAACAGCUAAUUGGUAAAAUAAAUUUUUUGGGUAGAUGGAUCAAUCAGACCUCUUCCUGCUGAGCCAGUGCUUACAGACAGGUGAGUUAGUCUGGGAUCUCCACUGAGAGCUGGAGCCUGCACAGGACAAGGAAGUUUUGUUCAUAGAGAAGUUUUAAAGCUCUGUACUUGUAUAAAUGUAAAAAUCCAGUUGCUAAGUGACUGCUUGCUGCUUUGUUAAAGAGAUUUUAGUGUGUGCUGUGGAGACCAACAUUUGGUAGGAGGAAAAGGCACUUUGAUGCCUUCUGGCAUCAAACCCUGUGGCAGGUUAGUUCCAAAAGGUGGUGUAUCCCAGAGAUGUCCCUGUUCAGGUGCUGUUCUGUGACCCCCCAGUACGUGGAAGGGCUGGGGACGGGCAGAGAGCUCUUGGCUGGGCGUGGUAGGGGUUGGUCUGUGCCUUUAUGGGAAUCAGUCACUGACCAGAAACUGUUAGAAAAAUGUACAGGAGGGAUUUUUGCUCCCUGGGGCUUUGAUCUCUGUGUUCUGUACCACCUCAGAGGUGUGGGUGGGAUCUGUUUGUGGCUGGGGCCUGCCAGGGCUUGGUGAUUGCUUCCCUCCCAAGCACGAAGGAAGAACUUGCUUAGAGGUUCUGGACUCUGUAGAAGAAAAGAAGAUCCCAAUGAAGCAACUCGGUCACUUAGGGAGGUCUUUUUCCUUCAUAAAAACUUAAACAGUAUUAAAGGUAGGGGCCUGAAUUUCAACUAAGAAAAAUCAGGCAGUUGGAGGUGAAGACUGUCCUUCAAGUAAAACACGGUGAGCUGGGUCUGAAGGGUGGAUUCUCUUGACUUGCAGACUCUUAGAUACAGUUGGAAUGGUGAUUUGUGGAACGUUUCCAUGGAGUGACUAUCUGUUUCAAUAAGUAACAGCAAUUCCUAUUUUACACUGGUCAGAUAAUGCACGGUAGUGUUGUCUAUCAGGCUUUGUAGGCUAAAAUUAGCACUGGACCUUUAUGCAACCCUGAGGAGAGGUUCCUUUCAUUUACUUUUACCCCUGGUUCCUGUGUUAAGUGCAAUUCACUUUGUAAAUACACAACAUCCCUCGAUUUUUGUGCAUGGUUAUGAUGUACUGUGGAUAUAAAGAUUGCCAAAUCA